AAUUUUAAGUCUUGUAUUAUUUCAAAAUCAAGCAAAUAUGUUUCUGAUGAAGUCAAAAUCAAGAGUAGCCUACUGAUUUCAAAAAUAAUUAUCAAGGGAUGGUUCGACUCAGCUGUUUCAGAGGAAAAAAUAAAAGUAAUUGAAAAUAUCCUCUCCUCUUUGUAUAGUUGCAUUUCAAAUCCGGAACAAGCAACUAUUAAACAAUCCAAAGUUGCCCUCUCAAUUUUUAGUCCAUUUUGUAUUUUUAAGGUUAUUUACAAGAUUUUUAAAAUUUUUUUAUACCUUUUUAUAAAAUUAAGACCUCAUGAAUCAGUAGCAGGUAACAGUCAAUUACGUUCCAAUACAUGUUUAUAUGGUCCUUAUAUGACUCCAUCAAUACCGAUUUCAGUUUAG